AUGACCCGACCUGCGAUCGCCGCCGUCCACUGGCCGCUCUCUCCAGCCACCGCACAGCCAUCUGCUUCCUCUGUGUCGGUUCUACUGACUCUGUGCUUGUUCCUCGCAGCUCUAUUGCUGACGAACGCAGCGCCCGCGCAGUCAAAGCGCUGUCACUUGUAUGCAAACGCCACUCCACACGAAUACAUUGCGCACUUACGCGCGCACGACACCGUAGCGGCUCAAGAACAGCUCGUGAGUGCACUGGUGAGCUCAGCUGCGUCCCACUAUAGUCUCGAGAGUGCCGCGCGGUCGGACUUUGCCCGUCAAGCGCCGACAGAUUUCGUCGUCUUGCGUCUAUUUGACUGCGAUUUGAGGGCGUUUCGAGGUGGCGUUGCCACGGCAGAAAGAGCAGAGCCCGACGUGUGUCUUACAGUUGACAGUGUGAUGCAACAGCACGUGGAAACGAACGCGCGAGGACCGCUGAAAGCUGUUCGAGUGAAUUAUGGGCACAGAAACGUGGCCCUGCUCGGGGUACACGAGCGGCAAGAGAUGCGACGACGUAAUGUGCAGACAGCAACGAGCAAACUUCAGGAACGCAGUGAUGCAAAGGAGGAACUGGGGUUACAGAACGAGACGGCGUUGCUCGUGGACAAACUGGGGGCUCGAGAGCUCUGGAAACGAGGCUAUGCAGGAAGAGGUGUCAAAAUCGGGAUCUUCGAUACCGGACUGUCGUUGUCGUCGACGUCGUCAUCGGCACAGUUUAGGCAUGUUGCAGAGCAAAUCAACUGGACCCAUGAGCCGGUCAAUACAGACGUGAUCGGUCACGGCACGUUCGUAGCAGGUGUGAUGAGUGGGACAACUGCAAAGUGUCCAGGCAUUGCGCCCGAAGCCGAGCUGUUUGUGUUUCGCAUGUUUACCCGCGAGCAACUGUCGUUUACGUCGUGGAAAGCCAGAUUUCCUAUACUCAAAUUUGUCGACAAAGUUCGAGAACUGACUGCAAAUGGGAUCAUUCCGGUUUCUGCGGUCGGUAGUAGUGGACCUCAUUAUGGCAUGCUUUCUAAUCCUGCAGAUCAAGUGGAGGUCAUGGGUGUGGGAGGCAUUACGAGAAGCGGUGAGGUUGCCGACUUCUCGCCGCGUAGCAUGACGACGUGGGAGCUUCCAUUCGGAUCUGGUCGAGUCAAGCCAGAUAUUGUCACUUUUGCGGAAGGCGUUCUUGGCGCAGAUGUUUCGGGCAGAUGCAAGACGCUCUCUGGAACCAGCGCGUCAGCUCCGAUCGUAUCGGCAGCAAUAAGCGUCCUUGCAUCCAUGAUACCUGCCGGUAAGAGGUGGAGCUUGUUGAACGCAGCAUCGAUGAAGCAAAUUCUGCUUGAAAGCUCAGACAAACUGGUAGCUCGUCAUGAUUCUGACUAUGCUGUACGAGGCCACAUUUUUGAGCAAGGUGGUGGAGUGCUUAACAUGUCGAAGGCAAGCGAGAUGCCGCUUUAUCACAAGGCACUACCUCUCGUGGUAAACUUGACGAUCCUGAAUCCCGCAUCUGUUGGAGGCGUCAUCAAAAGUCCACCGCAGUGGAUAGGCGGGACUCAUGGCGAGCAUCUAGCAGUUUCGACGUCAACGCGUUCUGCUAUGUGGCCCUACAUUGGCUCAGUUGGCGUUUUUAAUGAGGCGAACGAACAGGCUGCUGCUUUCGAGGGUAUUGCUGAGGGACUGCUGCGACUUGAAGUAGACAAUGGCGAUCAUGUCGAUGACCUACUUGUACAGAUAGCUGUUCGGAUCAUACCCUCUCCGCAAGCGUCAAAGCGAAUUCUGUGGGAACAGUUUCGCAACAUUCCCUAUCCAUCCGCUUUUGUGCCACGCGACAACCUCGAAAACCAGCACGAUCUCAUGGAUGUUGCGGGAGAUCAUCCGCACACAAACUUUCACCAGAUGUGGAGCUUUUUGACAAGCGAAGGGUUCUUCGUCGAGGUCUUGCCGUUCGAGUACUCGUGCUUGGAUCUGAGUACAUAUGGCGUCAUGCUCGUCGUUGACCCGGAAGAAGAGUUCUUCCGAGAUGAAAUCGUCGUCUUGCAGGCGGCGGUCAAGAACUCGAACGUGUCCCUGAUCAUUUUUGCCGACUGGUAUGACAAUCGUAUGCUUGACUCCCUCGAGCUUUACGACACAAGCACAUUGAGCAAGUGGCGUGCCAUCACCGGUGGCGCAAAUGUACUGGCAAUCAACGGGCUGCUCCAGAGUUUCCAUAUCGCGUUUGGAAAUGGAGUUGUUCACAGCACGGGCGUGUCUCUGUUCGACAACAACUCGUCGUUUCCGUACUGGUCGGUCUUGGGUCUCUACGAAGUGCCCUCACGCGACGGAGGUCGCAUCGCAGUCUUUGGCGACAGUUCGUGUCUCGACUCAAGUGCGCAGCCGGCGACCGAAUUUCGCCAUUGCUUUGGAAUGCUGCGUUUUACCAAUGACGCGGUCGAUCCUUUUUCCAUCGUCCUGCAGAGCCACACGGCAAGCACAAGACUGCAACGUCUCGAGCUGGAAUUUGUUGCCGACGAAUUUGUUCCGUGUGCGCUGGAAGCGUUGCACGACGAGGGCAGUUGGCACGCUCAAGACCGUGGCGUGGACUUUGCCAAACAUUCCAAAGUGGUGCAAGCAAACAAAGACAAGUGGACUCCUCGCAGCUUUUGCAAGUUUUAUGCCAAGGAACGCUGCGUUGACGGUCGGCUCACAUGA